AAUAAUUAUACUUUUUCAUUGUUGUUUAAAAAAUUGACAAAACUGACAAUUCAAAAUUUAAUGUCAUGCCAGAAGGCAAGUUUAAACGGAAGUAUUGUAUAAUUGAUUGAACACUCGAACUGCUUUAAAAGUGCAAAAAUGCCCAACGGCGGGGUCCGAACACACAGGGCCAGUCCCUAUAGGCGAAAUGUAAGUCCAGCGAGGAGGACAACCAACCUGGGGACUGAUUUGUCACCUGAGCCGACUAAUAACCGCAUCGAACAGCAACUAUUGCGAACCCUGGUCCAAAGUCUACCCGCUGGUGCGGAAACCAAGAGAUCCCGAUCCUCCUGCCCACCCACAUAUCGUCGUCGCAGGCAGGCCAGCAGCUGCCGAUCCAUGGGUACUCCGGAACUAUUGACAACGAAGAUCAAGACCAAGCCACCGGUUAGAUUGCAGGCGGGAAUGCCGGUUACACAAGUUUUGGCUAGUGUUCCACCAAGUUCAAAGACCAGUGGCUUGAGUAAGAAUGCACAGCAGUCUAUAGAGGCAUCGGUUAAGCGUAGAGCUGAAUCUCCAACAGCAAGGGCCAAGGCCAGAGAUGAAGAGUUCGAGAAGACACCGGAGAUGUUAAGUGGAGCGGCUAUUGCCAAAGCCCGAGAAGAAGAGUUUGAAAAGAUACCAUCCAAGACAUCCAAGAUAUCCGGGGCAUCGCAAGACGAAAGCAUUAUAAAUUCAAAGCCGGAAACCCAGGAGAAUUCAGGACCGGAAACCCAGGAGAACUCAAUACCGGAAACCCAGGAGAAUUCAAGACCGGAAACCCAGAAGAACUCGAUAGCGGAAACCCAGGAGAACUCGAUAGCGGAAACCCAGGAGAAUUCAAGACCGGAAACCCAGGAGAAUUCCAAACCGGAAACCCAGGAGAAUUCAAGACGGGAAACCGAGAAGAAUUCUAAGGAGAAUAGUCAGGAUACUUUUAACAAAAGUUUUCCUGAGAGUGUAGAGGCAAGUAAGCCUGAAGAACCAAGGGAACCAAAGCCCGCCGAGCAAAUUGAGGUCACCAAAAGACCAGCCAAGAAACCAGAGAAACAGAAACCAACGCAGGUUGCCAGCUCUAAGAAAUAUCCCUGCUUUCGAGGGGAAUAUCCCACGCGACAUCGACCUGUUUCGUAUCAGUGGUUCCAGGCCGCAGUUCCCAAUUGCGGCAAUAUCGUGACCAUUUGCGAUGAGGAGCAGCAAGUUAUGGGCGAGGCGGAAAUCGUCACCGCCUGCGAGGUGACCGAGGCUCACUUCCUUAGCAUCGAUUGUCCAGAUGAUCAUAUGAACAAUGCGGUCUCAAAGUGUAACAAGUGCCCAUGGGAAUCAUAUGGUUAUUUACAGCACCAGCGGAAUGGAAAUUGUUUUGGAUCUCAGCAAAAAUCGCAACAUCAACUUUGCUUUCAGCAGCAACCAUGCUUUCAGCAGCAACAAUCCCCGCAACAGCUACCAUACUCACAGCAACAACCUUGCUUUCAGCAGCAACAACCUUGCUUCCAGCAACAACCUUGCUUGCAGCAACAAUCAUCUUGCUUUCAGCAGCAACAUAGAAAUUUUAUGCGAAAUGCACCCAUUUCCAAUGAGCAAGGAAACCCAAGAAGAAGUUUCAAGCAUGAGGAAAUGAAUCAGCCUAGCAACUUGCCUGUUUACCAUCAACAACAGUCAAUGCAACAACCAAUUCUUCAGCCACAGCAACAACCAGAACACCAGGAGAUGCAACAACAGCAACAACCAGUGGAACAACAACCGAUUGAGGAGAAUUGCCUGACCGAAAUGCUGGCCGAGGAGCUCAAGAAGCAGAUGCUGGAGGCACAGGCCCAGAUUGCCCAGGUGCAACUCCAGCUGAACAGUGCAUGUGGGGCCACCAGAGUGCGGCAGAUGCAUGUGCUGACCCAGAAUGGCGCAGAGAUACCUGGUUGGACCACUGAGAAUCAGUUUGUAGGUGCCUUAGAUGAUGCACUGAUCGAGGGAUAUGCUUUCCCCGAGGAAGUUAAGGAAAGCGGUGAAGAGGAUUUCCCGCGGUUUUCCACGCAGUCAGAGCCUAAAUAUCCCUUGCCAUCGGACCCUCAGACCAGAUCCCAGGCGGAACCAAUGCAGUUUGGCCUAAAUCCAGUGCCCUUAACGAUGUCAAAUCCAAAUACUUACUUUCAGCCAGAGUUUCAGCAAUUUCCUGCCCAACAGCAACAGCCACCGACUUUUCUGCCUCAAGAAAUGAGUCUUUGUCAGCAAAAUCAACCAAUGGGUCCCGGUCAGCAGAACCAACUAAUAUCUCCUUGUCAGCAGCACUAUCAAGUAUCUCCUUGUCAGCAGAUUCCACAAAUGCCUCCUUGUCAGCAGCAGUGUAGGACACCUCCUUUUCCGCCACAAAAGCCGCCUCCUUGUCAGCAGAAACCACAGAGGUUAUCCCACCAGCAACAGCAACAACAGCAGCAGCAAUCUGCGCGAUCUAGUCAAUCAUCCCAACUGAAUAAGUGUCCUUUUGCCCCACAAUUUUGUCCCAGUUGUUGUUGCCAGCGAUAUGCCCAAAUGCGAUUCAUGAUGCCGCGAUGUUGGCCUCGUUAAAAACAUUAAACCCUCCAAAAUUUGUAGUGUAACUUACCUUGAGCAGACCAAAUUAUUGUCUUUUCAAGGUAAGAUAUUCUACAAACAGAAAUCUCAUCAGGAGUUUAAUUGUGCAAUUCUUCCGUUUAAAAUUGAGGAAAAAAGAAGUCAAUGACGAAUAA